GUUAACUGUCAACCUUAUCCUCUCACUCUUUUUUUUUGUGCGAAAAUCUUAAUUGACAGAAUAAACGUGAACUGAAACCACUGGUUGAUAAGUAUUUCAUUAAUUUUUUAAAUUUCAUUAUCUGGAUCGCUAGUAAAAAUUUAUUCAAAUAAAACACACGUUCGUACAUCUUUUAGUCUUUUAUAUUAAACGAAGGAGCUGUGAAAGUUUAUGACUAUGUUGUCAACAUAGUUUUUAAGCUCCAAUAACUCCCCUGAUGGUAUUGCCGCCGAUGUUCUGUUAUACUAAAUUGUAUUAGGCUUGCAAAUAAAUAUACCAGAUGACCAUGGCCAGUUCAGAUUUAAAAACCUCUGUUUUAAUGAACCUUCGGUCGGUUACACAGAGUCGAAAAGGAGGAGUUCCUUUAAAAUGUCUAGAAAGAGAUUACAGAGAUCUUUUAGGUACACCCAUACCUUUUAGAGAUUUGGGAUACUCAUCAAUACAGGCCUUUCUCACAGAUAUCCCUCAUGUUAUAAGUCUGAAGCAAAAAGAGGGACAGUUAAUUGCUGAGGGAGUUGCAGAUUCCACAACCGCUCAUAUUGUUAGCUUAGUUAAUCGUCAAAAAACAGCAAAAGGUGCUCCGAAAUCUACUCGACGGCCUAGUGCAUAUCCUAGAAGAGGUGCUGCUCCAUCAAAAUAUAGUUCACGCAAUAUAAAAAGUUAUAGUCCCAAGCGUAAUUUUUAUAGAGGUUCCUCCACAACUAAAUCUGAUACUCAAAAUUCCAAACCCCAGUAUCACGAGCCAGUUGAGACUAGACCAAAAGUUUCUNAUGCACGCACACUUGAAACCGAAACCCGAGUCAUUGAAAGUCCUUGA